GCGGCCUAUGCGAAGAUGGGCGCCUGUGCCUGUCCCACCUGGGCCGGCAGCCCUGGGGAACGGGAAUGGUCUUUCAAAAGCAGGAAGGAGGCGUGCGCGCGGUGGCCACCUGCCUGGCGUCCCCUUAACUUGGGGGGGGGGGAGGCAACUGGGGCUCUCGCGGACCCUUCGCCCGCCCCGCCUCUGGUGCUGCGGAAAGGCCCUGCCUUGUGUGAACCGCAGCUGGUCUCGAAGGAGAAGCAGAAACGUGAAACCUUCAGCCAUGGAUAUAUUUGGAGACCUGCGGCGUAUGAACAAGCGCCAGCACUAAUGAUCUGGAAAGGCCUUAUUGUUAUCACUGGGAGCGAAAGUCCCAUUGUUGUUGUGCUCAGUGGCAGUAUGGAGCCUGCCUUUCACAGAGGAGACCUGUUGUUCUUAACAAACUUCCGAGAUGACCCCAUCAGGGCGGGUGAAAUAGUGGUUUUCAAAGUUGAAGGCCGAGAUAUUCCAAUUGUGCACAGAGUAAUCAAGGUUCAUGAAAAAGAAAAUGGCAACAUCAAAUUUCUGACUAAGGGAGAUAAUAAUGAAGUCGAUGACAGAGGCUUGUACAAAGAAGGCCAGAACUGGUUAGAAAAGAAAGACGUUGUGGGCAGAGCAAGAGGGUUUUUGCCGUAUGUUGGAAUGGUGACCAUAAUCAUGAAUGACUAUCCGAAAUUCAAAUACGCUCUCCUGGCUGUCAUGGGUGCCUACGUAUUACUGAAGCGAGAAUCAUAGAAGAAUACGGGAUUGCCUUGCACACCUCACACAAGCAUAGCGAUAUGAUAAGAUACUAAUAUAUUUGAAAUGUUCCUGUGUGUCUGUACAUAAUGUUACAUGGUGUGCAAACAAUAUUGUAUUGUCCGCAUACGUUUUCCUUUUGUACUGAAGCCCUGAAAACAUCCUUGUGGGUAAAUCAAACCAUUUUCAUUGGAUCAGGCUUUAAAAGUGUUCUCAUGACUAGGGCGCCUGCGGAUUACAGCGGGGUGCAGAAAGCAUGGGCUUCAGAUGUUGCUAACUGGAACUCCCACCAGCACUAGGCGUGUCCAGCAGUCCUUGCCAAAUAAAGUAGUAAAGAAUGCUGGACAUAGUGAUCCCACAAUAUUUGGAUGACUACACUUUCCCCAGCAACGUUCAGGGGUGGCUUUCUCACAAUAUGGUUUGAUUUCCUCCAUGUCCACACAAUUCUUAUUAAGCAAGAUCAGCGUCAGCUCUCCCAAUGUCACCCCAACAUUCUUUGCAAGAUAUAUAUUUUUAAAGGCGGGCUGUGAAAUAAAGGUUGUAAGUUAAACCUUGAAAGAGCUAUAGUCUUGGAUGAAGAGAUUUGGUCCACUGUUACACCAGUAGAAUGAGCAUGCUGGGGGGGGGGAGUAUACCUGGCCCCUUCACACUCCAUCACCACUUUCCUACUUCAAUAGUAAUCUAUUUGCAGGUGACAUACUCCUGUCCGUGCAUAUGUUGUAUACACAAGGAAGAACCCUGGAAAGCCAGGGUUCUUGCUCACCUGUACUUCGCAGGUAGUUAAUCUGCCAAACUUUGGCCAGAAUCUUACUCAUGUUCAUGCUGGCAUAAAACAGUUGAUGUAAAUGUACGUGGCAAAUUUCUGCAAUUUAAGAAGUCAGCCUAGGCAUUUGUCUUACGCAGCAAGUCACAUGAUUUGGUAAGUGACAGCAUAUGCCUACGCUGACUUCUUCGCUUGUAGUUGUUCACCACUGACAUUUAUGCUGAUAAAGUUAUGCCAGCAGGUGGAAUCUGGCCACUAUAGCCAUUUCAGCAAGCCAUAGUUAAGAGGCUCAUCAUUUGGGGGGCGGGGAGAGCAGACGUGCAUUUGACAUAGAAACCCAUGCCCAGAUAGGUUUCUACCUCACCACCCAUAGCUUUGAUAAUAACUAGCAGAGGUUCAUAGCAUCUCAGCUUAGCAACAGCUUAGUCCCCACCACCACCACCUUGGAUUUUUUUCUUUCUGACCAGAGAUGGUUACAAACCAGUGGUUUGGUGAUUCAUGCCAGUUUGUUGAUCCUCCCAACAAGUGUUUGGCACUUCCCAACCCUGACUCCUUUGGCAGGUGCCCACUCU